AUGGAGGAGUGCAUGGCGAAUGAAGGCCGGUGGGCUGGAGCAGCAGCAGCAGCAGCAGAGGCAGCAGCAGCAGAACCUGAUGCUGCUGCUGCUCCUCCCGUCCAACAGCAUAUGCACAGCCGCAGAAGAGCGAAGCGCCCAAUGAGCCCCGUUAAGGCUUGUGAGAUUAUCAGCAAUGCUUGGCGGAAACGCUUAGAAAGGGAAGCCAGGCUGCUUGAGGAACUGAAAGAAGCCACAACCCGGUUGCGGAACGAAGCAGCAUGUGUUGUACAAAGUUGUUUUCGAGGUUUUUUGCUUCGGAAAGCCCUGAAGGAGGAGCUGCAGACUACCGUCAUCCGGUGGAAAAACCCUCCGCCAGGGAAACGGCAUGAGGCUGAAGUUUCCAUCCCUGAUCCUCCCAAGUGGACAAAGAAAAUUCCGAUGCAUUUCUGUCCCGUUCGGCAGGCGUAUGUCUGCCCCGUUCCAGUGGUCAAGGGCAGGCUGCUCGUGAGGCUCCUCGUAGAUAACGAGGAGUUUCCCCUCUAUCCAAACACCCCUAUGGACGGAGACCAAGGAGAGAUCCCCGGACUGCUGCUUCUCCCCGGAUCUUCUUUGGGGGAUCGCAUUGCUCCGAAGUAUCCUUGGAAAGCAGCGAGACAGUGGUUGCAGCAACAACAGUUGCAGCACGAGCAGCAGCUGGAGCAGCAGGAGUUGCCGGAGAAGCAGCAAAUCCAGCAGCCGCAGCAGAUACGGGGGGCAGGUGCGCAGGAGCAGAAGCCGCAAGAGCGGCAGAAGCAAGAGGAAGCAUCAACCCCUGGCCAAGAUGCACAAUACUUUUUGGAAAAGGGAGCGCUUGAGGCCCCCAUGAGGCCCCCUCGUCGCUUUGGCGUUGGCCUCUUAGGCUCCCCCGAGAUGCCGAGCUCCUGGAGCAGCACCAGAAAUGAACAGAACGUUUAUUCGUGGGGUGCGCCCUGCAGGCCCCCCUGGAGUAAUGGCAGCAGCAGCAGCGAGGAGCGUGAGCUGUCACCCCUGCAGAAGAGACCUUCAUGGGCUUCCGGGGCCAGGCUGAACCAAGGGAGACAGGUUCGCGUCCCACCACGGUGGAGGCAGCAUCAGCAGCAGCAGCAGCGAGAGCAGCAAGACCAGCAGCAAGAGCAGCACAGAGAACAAGGGCAGCAAAGGCAGCAGCACCAACAGGAGCACAGUAACGAGUACGGCAGCAGCCAACACCAAUACGGAGAAGGGUCCUGGGCAACCCCAAGCAACAGCAAAAGUCCUAACUGCUAUGACGCAGAAGACGUCGGUUUCUUUUGUACUUCCUUCCGCAGCUCAGGCGAAGGAGCAGUAACAGGAGAAGGAACAACACAGACAACAACAGCAGCGCUACCAUCAACAGCAGGCCUAGCUGCGACAUCUAUUUCUUGCAGCUGUGAAGCACCGCGAGGCCUCUGCAGCCCUCAGCUCCCGACUGUCCCUAGCUACUGGGCACUUUCUCGGUCUUCUACUGGCUCACCAAGAGGCUCAUUAUCAUCGUCCAGAGGAGGCGAGCUUCCCCUUACCCCCCUUAGCAGCCCUUUCUGUCAGCAGCAGCAGCGGUGGGGGCAACCCAUGCACAGGUGCUCCUUUUCCCCCCUCCUCAGAAAAAGCAGACCCCAAAGCAACACGCCCCGAAAGGGAGCAGAGUGGCACGCGCUAGCAGAAGAGGAGUACCCGUGGACCCCAUGGCCUUGGGGGCUUUCGAAAAACUCUCCCGCAGGCGACGACUCGCUGGAGUUCAGUCUGAGAGAUUCAGGGUUUGGCGAACACGAAGCAGAACGGCUGCCAAGCUGCCGCUGUCUAGACAGGUGGGCAGACGCCACUGUCUCCCACAGCUGCUCGUGCAACACCAACGAAGGCAGCCGCCGCAGCGCCACCAACUCAUCUCACUCACACGGCGGGCAGGGGCCCCCUGGGCCCCUGCGCAAGUGUCGGGAGGCUCUAAUAGAGGGAUGCGCCAGGGCCUCCUGCUGCAGCCGCGGCAGCGAGUGGCGUACAGUGUGA